AUGUACACCAAAGAGAUUGAAGUUUUGAAGGUAGAAGUGAUGAGCAUGCUUCUGGCAACAGGAACAACCAUGAUGCAAAAAUUGGAUUUCAUUGACAAAAUAGAACGACUCGGUAUCUCGUAUCACUUUGAGGAUGAGAUUCAAAAUCAACUAGAACAGCUUUUCAAUCUAUCUACCAACUUGGGAAGGCAUCUAGAAUAUGAUUUAUCUACUGCAGCACUUCAGUUUCGACUUUUCAGGUGGGGAAAGGAACUGGACAUCCUAUCAAAAGUUCCAUAUGCAAGGGACAGAUUUGUGGAAUGCUACUUUUGGGAUGUUGGAACCAUUUAUGAACCUCGGCACUCUUUUGCUCGAAUGACUUUGGCAAAAACAAUAGCCAUUGCUGGAAUAAUUGACAAUACCUAUGAUGCUUAUGGCACUCUUGAUGAACUCAAAAUAUUAACGGAAGCUGUGGAAAGAUGGGAUGGAAAUGGAAUUGAGCAGCUCUCAGACUACUUGAAGACUUCUUAUAUGAUACUUUUGAAUUUUAAUAAGGAGCUUGAGGAAGAUUUAUCAAAAAAACAAACAUCUGCAGCUUUCAUGGGCAUGGAUAGUGCCACAAAGGAUGUUAUGGACUGGAUGCCAACUCAUCCUAAACUCUUUGUUGCUUUAGGAAAACAUACCCGAUUGCUUAAUGAUGUCGGCAGUUACAAGUUUGAGAGAGAAACGGGCAGUGGCAUGGCGAUUGAAUGCUACAUGAAGGACUAUAAUGUAUUCGAGGAAGAGGCAAUGAAGAAGUUUGAAGACAUGGCUGUGGAUGCUUGGAAGGAUAUAAAUGAGCAAUGCUUGAGACUUACUACCUUUCCAAGAAAAAUUCUCAAAGUGAUUCUCAAUCUAGCAAGAUUAUGCGAAGUUGUUUACAAGCAGCGUGGAGAUGGAUUCACUAAUCAACGAAGAAUUGAAGCCCAUAUAAAGGCAAUACUUGUGGAUUCCAUAUCUCUUUGA